GCAUGUUGCCAUGUAAGUAAUAUUGUUGUGCUACAGAGUGGUGUUCUUUAUUUCAUCUCUCUUCUGAGGUUUGUUGUGAAUGAUAACAAUCAUCAUCAUGCAAAUUAAGUUUAAUUCAUAACAAAGUUUCAUGCAUUCCUUGCCUCCAUAGUUGUGUCACCUUUAAACCCAUCUCCUCCAUUCUCUCUUUCCUCGCAAAGAGUGUUUGCAGAACACAGUUAUUUGAACCUGCUCGAGACACCUCUUCCUCUCUGUGUUCUUGUCUUAUGUCAUUUUCUUUUUUCUUUCAUAUGCUUUUUUAAAAUCCCUUGGAUCAUAAUAAAAGACAUGGUGAGGUCUCCUUGUGAAAAAGUCAAUGCCAAAAGGGGUGCGUGGACGACAGAAGAUGACACAAAGAACCUUGCUUUUGGUUCCAAGCAUGGAUCUGGGGUGAAGAGGUGUGGAAAGAGUUGUAGGCUCAGGUGGAGUAACUGCCACAGGCCUGAUCUUAAUAAGCACGACAAUUUCACAACCCAGGAAGAAGAUCUAAUCAUUAAACUUCACGCAGCCAUAGGUAGCAGGUGGUCUAUUAUAGCCCAACAACUUCCUGGGAGAACAGACAACGAUGUAAAGAUAUACUGGAACACAAAGCUGAAAAAGAAACUCUCUCAAAUGGGGAUUGAUCCUGUUACCCACAAGCCCUUUUCUAAACUCAUUGCUGACUAUGGAAACAUCGGAGGUUGCCACAAACCAAGUACCAGAAUAGGGUCUAUCAAUAAAGACUUCAAGAGUGCAAUGAUGCUGAAAUCAGAAACCAUGGCACAGGGAUUUACAAACAUAAAUGACCAACCAAAGCUACCACUUCAAAUGGAAAACAAUGGAAACAACUUUUUAUUCAACAGAUCAAUGGAUCUCGCGCAGUUCCAAUCCAUACCAAUGGCGUCACGCGCCUCAAAUUGCACAGACUUUGAGAAUGAGAUGAUGUCAGGAUCUGUGUUAGGGGAAGAUCGUUUGUCAAAAACCUCAUCUCCUUCUACUCCUUCUACUUGUUCCACUUCAGGUUUUAGUUGGAAUGAGUUCCUUCUAGAAGAUGCUUUCACACCACUUGAUCAAUACCAGGAAAAAGACACCCUGGUUUCGAAGGAGAAUGUGGCGACCAGACAGAGUUGGAAUAAUAAAGAGGUUAAGUCGCAGCAUGCCUCAGGUAGUGACUUCCAAUUUUCAUCAUUCAUAGACGCCAUGCUUGAUCAAGAAAAUGAAAUGUUUCUGAGUUUUCCUCACCUUAUGGAGGAACCAUCCAACUUGAGUUAA